AAGUUUUCUUGUACGGUUUGAACGUAUGAAUUCCCAAUUUGGUCCUUGUUUUCUGGUAUUCCUGAAUUUCAGGUAAUACCCAUUUCGAUUAUUAAAUGGGUUUUCACUUUAAUUUUGUUUUCAACAUUUUGGACCUUCUUUUUAAGUUUUGUUUUAUCUUAUUUUCCCUGGGUUUUUAUUUUUAUUUUUUGUAUUUUUGCUUGUAAAGAUCAAUAAUGCUGUCUGUGCAGUAGUACCCCCUCAUGGCCUCAUCUUCUCCGCAUCAUUGACUGGAAUUUUUUUUGGGUCUUAGAGAUUCUUUUUUGGGACUCUGAGCUUUAGGUGGGUAUUUUCUGUGUACAUUAAAAAAGGUUCCCUUUUAUGGAAAUGGGAUCUGCUUUUCCACAUCUCAUCAUAAAUAAUAACAAUACUAAUAAUAAUAAUUCAUGUUGGUUAUCUGAUCCCCUUGUAAAAAGAAGCACCCAUGGAGGUCAUGAUUUCUACCACAGACCUUGUCUUAUGUGCACAAAUGCCUUAAAAAAAUGCCAAACCUUCUCAUGUUUUGUCUGGGGUUUUGGUUUGUGUAGCUGUGUAAGCUAUAAGCAUGUACAGGACUGGUUUUGAUUCGACAGAAUUCUGGCUCUCAAAAGAAUGGAGGGUGACACAUUUUCAGGACUUGGUAAUGGCACCCAGAUUGAUGGCAAGGUCUUGCAGACAUUUCAGAAAAGCUUCUCUCAAGUCCAGAAUAUCUUGGAUCAGAACAGGCUCCUCAUCAACGAGAUAAACCAGAAUCAUGAGUCCAAGAUCCCUGACAACCUCAGCAGGAAUGUGGGUCUGAUUAGGGAGCUCAACAACAAUAUCAGGAGGGUGGUUGACCUCUAUGCAGACCUUUCCAGUUCCUUUACCAAAUCCGUGGAAGCUUCCUCCGAGGGGGAUUCUAGUGGUGCUUUGAAAUCAGAUGGCAAAGCUGGCCACAAACGAAAUAGGCCUGCAUAGAAAAUUUGAGUGUGGGAAACACAAGAAUUUCACAAUUCGUGUUGAGGUGGUAGAGCAUGAUUAGAUUUUGUAACUCUCUUGUAUCAGUGAACUGUCUAGUUCUUCUUCACUUACAUUUCGUAGAGAAAUAAUGAAUUUUCCAGAAGUUCUACUUGGCCUCGAUGUAACUCAGUGUAACUGUGGAUCUAAUUUAAAAGUACCGAGCUUGUAUGUGCCAUCUAUUUUCUUCUUCUGGUCCUGUUCUUGACAAUGGGUAAUAAAGCUUCUUCUUCUUCUUUUU